AACAAUUCCUUUUGUCCUUAUACCAUAUACGAUCGAAAAACAACGGCGUCAGAGAUGGCUCUGAAAUGAAUUUUCAUUUAUUACGUAAUAAAUAUGUAUUUACAUUUCAUGUCAGUAAAACGCUUUACGGUAUAUGAAAGCGUUUAUUGAAAUUUUCAAAUUCAAUAAACACUCAAUGUUAAUGCUGUCUCAAAAUGAUUGUUUAUACCGUACGAUUGAAGAAUAACGUCCAGGUUGGCUUGGAACGGUAAUGUUGUAAUGUAGUCGACUAUCAUUUCCAAGUCACUUUUGAAGCCGUUAUUUUUUCGAUCAUACCAGAUCAUACGUAAUUUUUAUAUGUUAAAGAUUGAAUACUUAACUCAUAGAUUUUUAAAAAAUCAUUAAAAUAUUUUGAAAUUAAUUUUAAUUUGCUUGUAAUAGAAAACCUAAAUUAAAAACUCAAAUUUGUUAAUACAUUAAGCAUAUUUUAGCAUAAUUAAGCAUUUUUUAGCAUAUACUUUUGUGCGCGCUAAAAAAAUACACUUCAAAAGUACAUGUUAAAAAAAUGUUUUGCGCGGCGCGGCGCACUCGCGUGAACGCACCUUUAGAUAAAAUCCUUGAAAUAUUUUUUUAAUUUUCUACAAAUUAUUGUAUUUUUACUUUUUCAAAAAUCAGUUAAAUGAGCAGAUUUAAUUUUUAAAUAACCUGUUAAAAAAGUCGAAUAAAAAUAAAUUUAAAAAAAUAUGAUGCUAUUAUUUUGUGUAAAAAGAACUUUACAUUAAUACUAUCCACAUUGUGAUAUAUGGCUUCUGAAGUAUAUUCAUCGUUUAAUCACUUUUUCUUCACUAUUGUAACGUAACUUUAGCCUAUGCUCUGACAGACAAUUUUCAGUCGGUCGACUAUUUAGAUGCCGAUUUGUAACCAAUGUAUUUUUAUGGAGCCGCGCUCACAUGCAAUCAAAUAGUCGACCGAUCGGCUCUAGUAUUAACUAGAUCUAGUAAUGAACUAAUAAAAAUUAUUUUCAAUUUUAUGACAAAAUUUAAAUUGAAAUAUUUCUUUAAAAAUUGAACCACCAAAAUUAACAUGAUUGUGUCUCACAAGAAUCGUAUUCUGGCAGAGUACACUCAAUCGUAAGUUUGUAAUUAGUAAGUCUAAUCUGAUCAGUAACUCUUUAAAAAAAAUAGAAUCCACACACCAUGAGCUUACUAGAACAACUAAAAAAUAGCCGAUCUAAACUAAAACCCUCCGAAACUGUCGUCACUUACCAGAACGGUGAAAAGUUUGUCGAAAUCAAGUCGGUUAUCAGAAAAAUCGAUGAGAAAAGUCCGGGGUACGUAGUUGACACCAAACCAGAUAGCAUACCAGCCCAAAUCAUCGAAAACCUGUUCCUAGGCUCUCAAGAUUGCUGUGAUAACGGUGUUCUCGAUCUGAAUGACAUUACUAAUGUUUUAAGUGUUGGAGUGGAAGCUCCAAUCAAAUAUCCGAACAUCACUUACAAAUUCGUCGAAAUAUUAGAUUUGCCCGACACAAAUUUAAACCAGUAUCUUGAAAACUGCAUCAGUUUUAUUCAAACAAUUUUAGAUAAAGGUGAAAAGGUUUUAGUCCAUUGUAAUGCAGGCGUUAGCAGAUCUGCAUCUGUUGUGAUUGCCUAUUUAAUUUUAAAGAGAAAUUUUAGUUUUGAAAAAGCCUAUGAAACUGUAAAAAUGUCAAGAAGUUGUAUAAGGCCGAACGACGGGUUUAUGAGUCAACUGAAAUUGUUAAGUUAAAAUGCAACAGUGCAUAUAUAAAAACCAGUAAAUGUAAUGAUUGUAAUUCCUGGUUGAACCUGGUUAUAAAUAAUGCUAAAAAUAAAAAUAAUUCUGAAAAUGUGUUAAAAUUACCUAAUCCAGAUGUAAUAAGCCAGAUUGUGACGUUUAUGAAUGAACUGAAAUUGUUAACAGAACAUUGUUCAAAUAUUGUUUUAAGCUAUUCAAGCAUGUAUAAACUAAAAUGUGUGUACCAAAAAAAUCAAUAAAGAUUUAUUAUUGUAAAACUGUUUUUGUCCUGG